AAAGGAGAAAAAGGAGAAGAAGAAGCAGAAGAGCGAAAGGAGAGAAAAACAAGACAAAUAUCAACAAAGAAAGAAGAAGAAACUGUUUGUGGAGCUGAAAAUAAACACCAAAGAAGAAGAAGUAGAGUAUUCCUGUAGGAUCUUAAAUCAUUUCUGUGGCAUUUGAUCAUUUUUGUUUUUUCACAGUAUUUUUGGUGAUGGAGAGCGUGCGUGCCGCUGUCUACCUGUCCGUCUGUCUGUCCGUGCUGACAUCACUGUGUCAGGGUCAGAGGUCACCGGACAACCAGCUGCUGUCGGCGCCGGACGAGCCGCUCCUCGGACUCACAACCAAAGAGCUGGCUGAGGCUCUGCAGGGCUUCCUGGAUGAAGCUGACAGCAGGGUGGGUCUCUCUGUGGAGAAGAAAGCCAGCGUCAUCCCGCGGUGUGAUGUAGGUGAACGCUGUGCGAUGAAACACGGUCCUCGUAUCGGUCGACUGUGUGACUGUCUGAGAGGAACAGCCUGUAACACCUUCUUCCUGCGCUGCUACUGAACACACACACACACACACACACACACACACGCACACACACCUGUCCCACCUGACUGUCUCCCUGCAUGUCUUUGUUUUACAGUUUCAGUGUCUGUCCCUCAGAUUCAUUUAUUUUUGUUAAAUAAAGAUUGUUCAUAAAGCUGC